AUAAGGCUGCCGAUGCGUUGGUGGCAGCCUUGCAGAGCGAGACCUGCACUUAACUUGCAGCUGCCUCCCGAGCUUCAAGAUGUCCACGCCCCGGGUGACAGCCGGCGGGGCGCUGCCCUGUGCUCGGGCGGCGAUGCUGAACCGCAGCCUGCAGUGAGAGCCCGCAGCCGCUGCUGCCGCCGAGCAACCUAAUGUAACGGCACAGCCAACAAGAUGAACGGCGCUUUGGAUCACUCAGACCAACCAGACCCAGAUGCCAUUAAGAUGUUUGUCGGACAGAUCCCCCGGUCCUGGUCGGAAAAGGAGCUGAAAGAACUUUUUGAGCCUUACGGAGCCGUCUACCAGAUCAACGUCCUCCGGGACCGGAGUCAGAACCCUCCCCAGAGUAAAGGUUGUUGUUUCGUAACAUUUUAUACAAGAAAAGCUGCACUUGAGGCCCAGAAUGCACUGCACAAUAUUAAAACUUUACCUGGGAUGCACCAUCCCAUCCAGAUGAAACCUGCAGAUAGUGAAAAGUCGAACGCCGUGGAAGACCGAAAAUUGUUCAUAGGAAUGGUUUCGAAGAAAUGUAAUGAGAAUGAUAUCAGGGUGAUGUUUUCUCCAUUUGGCCAGAUAGAAGAAUGCCGGAUUCUCCGGGGACCCGAUGGGCUGAGUCGAGGCUGUGCGUUUGUCACAUUUUCUACAAGGGCAAUGGCACAGAAUGCAAUCAAAGCCAUGCAUCAGUCUCAGACCAUGGAGGGCUGCUCCUCGCCCAUCGUAGUGAAGUUCGCGGACACUCAGAAGGACAAGGAGCAAAGGCGCCUCCAGCAGCAGCUGGCCCAGCAGAUGCAACAGCUCAACACUGCCACCUGGGGGAACCUGACGGGUCUGGGCGGACUCACCCCACAGUACCUGGCGCUUCUACAGCAAGCCACCUCCUCCAGCAACCUGGGUGCGUUCAGUGGCAUUCAGCAGAUGGCUGGCAUGAAUGCUCUGCAGUUACAGAACCUGGCAACGCUGGCGGCGGCGGCGGCCGCGGCCCAGACCUCAGCCACCACCACCAAUGCAAACCCUCUGUCCACCACGAGCAGCGCCCUGGGAGCCCUCACCAGUCCCGUGGCGGCUUCAACCCCCAACUCCACUGCUGGUGCAGCCAUGAAUUCUCUGACCUCUCUUGGGACUCUGCAAGGACUGGCGGGAGCCACUGUCGGACUGAAUAAUAUUAAUGCACUAGCAGUUGCUCAAAUGCUCUCAGGUAUGGCGGCUCUGAACGGAGGACUUGGCGCCACGGGCUUGACGAAUGGCACGGCGGGCACCAUGGACGCCCUCACGCAGGCCUACUCAGGGAUCCAGCAGUACGCGGCCGCGGCGCUGCCCACGCUGUACAGCCAGAGCCUGCUGCAGCAGCAGAGCGCCGCGGGCAGCCAGAAGGAAGGUCCAGAGGGUGCAAACCUCUUUAUUUACCACCUUCCACAGGAGUUUGGAGACCAGGACAUUCUGCAGAUGUUCAUGCCUUUUGGAAAUGUUAUCUCUGCUAAAGUCUUCAUUGACAAACAGACCAAUCUGAGCAAGUGCUUUGGCUUUGUUAGCUACGACAAUCCGGUGUCCGCACAAGCUGCUAUCCAGGCUAUGAACGGCUUUCAGAUUGGCAUGAAACGCUUGAAGGUCCAGCUGAAGCGCUCCAAGAACGACAGCAAACCUUACUGAUCCCAACCCCAGAGGCUCCCUGCUCUUAUUUUAGCUUUCUUAGGGUAAGUCCCACAAGCCAGCCUGUUCUCAACAGGAAAGGCAGAGGAGGACCACAUUGCCAACUUUUACCAAGAGAGACGGUUAUUUUUACAAUAAGGCCUCCAUGUCCCCUCCCCAUGCCCCCACCCAGUUCGCCAUAAUUAAAAACUUGGGCUACCUUGUUUCUAUCGAGUAAAACUCCUCUUCCAGUUGUGCCACUGUAUUUUCCUUUGUUUUGCAAUUUGAAUCUCCUUUUACCUUUUCUGU